AUGAACAACAACAUAAUAAAUAUAGUUACAGCUACUACAGAUAAUACAACAAACAUUAUCAGUUUGUUUAAAGCUGAGUUGACCAAGCGAGGCGUUGAUUGGAACUCACAACAGAAGCCUACUAUACACUUGGACACUAAAUACUAUAGUUGUGAUGUACAACUUCAUAUAGUAGAGUCUAGCAGUGGUUCUGCAGAGGAUGCUGUUUCAUCAUCAGGUGUGGUAGCAUCAUCAUUGGAUGAUGUAAAGAUUGUCUUUGUACUCUAUGAUGCUUCAAACAUUACAUUGGAUACAAUCAAACAACGUUACAAUGCUCUGGAAGAGUCAUAUGAUGCUGUGGAGUCAAUCGUAUUGUUGGAGGUGAGCUCCAAUCCAGAGUCCACAUCAUCAGAUAUCGAACAAUGGUGUGCUGACAUGGCAAUAGAGAAUAUAUACAUGGACAAUGAGAAGCAUAGGUCACGUGAGCAACAAAGAGACUCUGACACUGACUCAUCAAGGAUAAAGUAUGGAACAGAACGUUUGGUUGAGAUACUAGAGACUACAAUGUGGGAUGAUAUGGAGUAUAAGACUGAGAGUAGACCGACAGCCUCUAGCCAUCAUGUCAAGGAAGAGGAGAAUGAGGAAGAGGAUGGUGAUGUGACUGCCUCUGCUGCUGCUUCUGCUAUUGGACUGGAACAGAAGCAACAAGAGCAGGAUGAUAUUGUCAAGAUAUUGGAACAGACAAUGAUUGGAUCGACAUCGUCAUCACAGAAGCAACCGGCAACAGGUGGUCAGGAUCAGUCAUUGAAUCAAUCAUUGAAAUCACUGGAGACAUACUUUGAGAAGUUGGCAAAGCCAUCACCUUCUGCACCUAAAGACAAGGUGGAGAACGAGGAUGAAGAUGACGACUUGAACAAGGUAAAUGAGGAGUUUGGAUAUUUCGAUAUGAUGCAGGGAUACGUUGGACAACUUCAAGAGCUACGUGGACAGAUGCAAGGUCUGCCAGAUGACCAACGACGUGCAAUGUCUGCCAAGAUUGCAAUGAUGUUUGCCUCACAGUUUGGUGGGGAUGAUGACGACCUCGAUGAUGAGGACCUGGAUUGA